CUUCUGCGCCAGAUUCGAGUGACACAAAGUUCUGUCAGGUAACUGUGGAGGGUGACGUGUGGUUGUCGUGUUCGGAACUGAUGCCGUGAGGCAUUGUCAAGCAUGGAAAAUAAACCAGAAGCGGUAGGCGGUGACGGAUCAAAAGACGAAACUGUGGAAAGUGAAGGUGCAGGAAGAAGCUGCCUUUCACACAGACCGAAUCUGACAGACUUAUCAGAUGAGUUGCUGCUAAUGGUGCUGCGACUACUGCCACCUCGCGACGUGCGUUCGCUCGGGCUGGUGUCGUCAAGGUUUGCUAAUGUUGCUGCCGACCCUUCAUUGUGGGUAUCUCCAGACUUCAGUCAUGUGAGAGGAAUGACUUGCAGACAGUUCUGUGAACGGUACAUGCCAUUCUUGGGUCCGUGGACAACAUCGCUGACUACUCGAGGUCCUCUCCUGUUCGUCGGAGUAGCGAGGUACUUAAAUGAUGAGGCUUUAGACAGAAUGUACCCGAAUCUUGGUGAUUACGUGUCUGGGGAGUUCAUCAGAGAGCUGGAUGCACGCUGCCCGAACCUCAAGUCGUUGGUGCUGUGGGACCAGCAUAUUGACGAGAAGGAGGUACGGCCAGGGACGCUGCCGAGCAGCCUCGAGUUCUUGGCGUUCCGCCGCUGCUGGCUUUCGAACCCGCGGCUGGCGGACACAUACUUCAUGGGCUGCAACACCACACUCUCCCACCUACGGGAGCUGGAGCUACACAGGUGCCCGUGGUUCUCCCCGAGCUCGCUGCUGUCGCUGAGCAAGUGUGCCCACCUGAUGGUCCUCCGCAUCACACAUUGCCCUGGCAUUCACUACUCGCUGCGGACAACCAGCCUGGCCUGCAUGUCUGGCUUCGAGAAACUGAAGGUGCUGGACCUGCGCCGCACGCAGGUGGGGGACCAGGAGCUGAUGUUUUUCAGCCAGCUGCAGCAGCUCGAGGAGCUGCUGCUGGAGCAGCGGCCCCCGGUCGUGCUGUACAGCUCUGAUGCCUCGGACUCGUCGGACGACACUGACACCACCAGAAAAAGGUUUGAAAUAAUGUAA